GGAAUCGUGUCACUGUAAUCCAGGUUAAUUUGUGUUUAAACAAAAGUAGAGAGGAUUGUAUAAGUCAGCUUGUUCUAGGCCGCAUACAAUCGGAGUGUAGUGCACCAUAUCUGAAUACAUGUUUCUACAGUCUGGACUCGUUUAAAUUACCAUCAACAAAAUUAUAUGAUAUUGUAAAGAAUGUGACUGAAAUCUCCCGAUAAGUGAAGUUUCAUAGAAUCUUUUUUUUGGAAAUGUUAAUAUUUUCUUGGGUGCAAGCAAGAAGAGAUUUUUCACGUUAACAGUAUUUACGAAAAAAAAGCAAGAUGGCGUCUAAGGAUGAGUUUGACGUAUGGGAUUGGGUUGCCUUUGCCGCCAUGCUGGGAAUUUCGGCGGGAAUUGGAAUAUUUUAUGCCAUCAAAGGGCGCCGUGAAGCGUCCACAAAAGAAUUUUUGAUGGGUGGGAGGAACAUGCAGCUCCUACCGAUCGCUGUCUCCAUCCUCGUAUCGUUUAUGUCCGCCAUUUUGAUUUUGGGAACACCAGCGGAGAUGUACAUGGAAGGGACGGAGUAUUUCCUGUAUGUGUUUGGGAUGAUGUUGGCUGUCAUUUUGGCUGCGUUGCUCUUUGUACCUCUUCUUUACCCUCUAGAACUCACCAGUUCAUUUGAGUACCUGGAAAAGAGGUUCGACUCCAAGGCAGCCAAACUCACCGGCACGGUCAUGAUGAUAUUACAACAGGUUAUUUAUAUGGGGAUAGCUUCUUAUGCCCCAUCCACAGCUCUGGAGGCGGUGACGGGUUUUCCUACCUGGGCUACAGUUAUCACCGUCGGCUGUGUAUCAACCUUCUACACAUUUCUUGGUGGAAUGAAGGCGGUUGUUUGGACGGAUGUGUUUCAGUCACUUGUCAUGGUUUCCGGGAUACUAGCCAUCGUCAUACAGGGAACGAUAUCUGUUGGGGGCUUAGACAAGGUCUGGAAGAUCAAUGAUGAAUGGGACAGGAUCGAAUUUUUUGAUUUCAAUCCUGACCCGACUCAGAGGCAUUCGUUCUGGUCGCUGGUAAUUGGCGGUAUGGUAGGAUGGACGGCUACGUAUGGUGUCAACCAAGCCUCGGUACAGAGGUAUUGUGCCCUGCCAUCUCUUAAGAAAGCCAAAACGGCUGUACUACUAAACAUCUUAGGGGUGUUUGUACUCGUCACGAUCACGUGUCUAGCCGGUAUCGUCGUCUUCGCCUACUACGCUGAAAAGGGGUGUGACCCCCUCUCCAACAAGGAUGUCGCCAAUUCAAACCAGAUCAUCCCAUUCUUUGUCAUGGAGAAGCUUGGUUACCCUGGAUUACCAGGACUCUUCGUUGCCUGUCUGUUCAGCGGGGCGCUUAGUACCAUGUCAUCUUGUCUGAACGCCCUCUCCGCUGUGACCUGGGAAGACAUCUUGAAACCCUGUCUAUAUAAUUUAUCGGAGCAAAAGAAGACUUGGGUCACCAGAAUUCUUGUCAUUUUCUAUGGAGGGUGUGGAAUUGGUAUGUCCUUCAUGGCUAUGAAUCUCGGUGGAACAGUCUUACAGGCUUCGCUGAGUUUUACUGGGGCUGCGUCCGGACCACUUCUUGGGAUAUUUCUGCUUGGUGCCUUCUUCCCCUGGGCAAACUGGAUUGGAGCGGUGGUCGGAAGUAUCUUUGGCUUAGUAUUACCAAUGUGGAUCAGUAUUGGAGCUUACAGUGUCGUCGGCACAAAAUCCACACUUCCGUUCCCUUCUGAUAAUUGUACGGUAGGGGGCGCCUUCAACGUCACGACGACCAUGGCAACGACUGCAAACAUUUCAGCUCCCAUCGUAGAUGAGAUAACUGGGAUCAGUCAUCUGUACACUGUUUCGUACCUCUGGUAUCCGUCGAUAGGGGCCGCCACCGUCGUCAUCAUCGGCCUCAUCGUCAGUUUCUGUACAGGUGCUAACGGUACCCACGACAUUGAUCCGAAGUAUCUGAUUCCGGUAUUUGACCGGAUAUUCUGCUGUCUUCCGAACUCCCUACUCCGGAAACUACGCUGUAAUAUGGACUUUCCGGACCCAGAGGAUAUCACAGGCGAUGACAACGAUGAAAAGAAAUCAGAGGGACUCGAUUCCGGGGUAACGCUAACUCCAAUUACAAACGAGAAACCGGAUAAAAAGCCGGAUCCGUCUCCGAUAGCCCUGGUUGGGUACACAUCGACUUCGGAUAAAGGAAACAUGUACCCCCACCUAGCGGAGUGUAAUGGAGGCACCUACGAAUAUAUUAACAGUGCAUAUACCGUCAAUUAAGUGUUGAAAAGACGUCAUGGAUGGAAUUUGUUCAUUUACAUAAUAAUUUACAUAAUAUACCCAACAAUAAUAUCAUGUUGACGAUCAUUUCUGCUAGCCCAUGAACUGUGUUUACGUUGAACACGGUUUGUCACUGGGAGUAUACCAUUAUUCAGC